AUGAUACAUCUGGGAGAGUUAAGGUUCUUCCUUGGAAUUGAAUUUGCAAGGUCUGAUAAGGGAAUAUUAAUGCAUCAGAGGAAGUAUGCAUUAGAAUUGUUAUCAGAAUUAGGAUUAAUAGCUGCUAAACCUAUCUCUACACCUAUGGACUACAACAUUAAACUAACCUGUAGGCAGUUUGAUGAUCAUGUGAAACAAAUUCAGCUAGAUGAAGAUGAUCCAAAUGAGGAAGUUAGUGCCUUUUGUGAUGCUGAUUGGGCACUGUGUCCUCAAACUAGAAGAUCUAUUACUGGAUACUAUGUGAAGAUGGAAAAGUCUGUGGUUGCAUGGAAAUCAAAGAAACAAGCUACAGUUUCAAGAAGCUCAGCAGAAGCUGAGUUUAGAAGUCUUGCUGCAGUUACAACUGAGCUAGUAUGGAUUGUGGGAUUAAUGAUAGAAAUUGGCAUUGAAGUGUAUCUGCCAGUUGAAGUGUUUAGUGACAGUAAAUCUGCUAUUCAAAUAGCAGCAAACCCC